CUUUAUAAAGCACCAUUAAUGCCAGAAAUCCAUUUCAUUUACCCUCGAUCCCCUUCAUCACCACAAAGCAAACUAGCAUAUAUCCUGAAACUCUAAAGCAGAGAGGAAAAAAAAAACAAAAAAAAAGCAGAGCAGAGCAAGCAUGAGAAAAGCCGUACCACUCUUCCUCGCAAUCCUAUUCUACCAAUCUAAAUUCUCUCUAGCAAAACCUCCAUCGCCACCUCUCCCCGUCCUCCCCGUCCCCUCUUCAUCACAGCUCAAAUGGCAGCGGCGUGAGAUCAUAAUGUUCUUCCACUUCGGCGUCAACACCUUCACCAAUUCCGAAUGGGGCACCGGCCACGAAAGCCCCACCAUAUUCAACCCCACUGCCCUCAACACCACCCAAUGGAUAUCGGCAGCCUCCGCCCUUGGUGUUUCCCUUGUCAUCCUCACCGCCAAACACCACGAUGGAUUCUGCCUUUGGCCCUCCCGCUACACCCACCACUCAGUCGCCCUCAGCCCCUGGCAUGGCGGCAAGGGCGACGUCAUCAGAAACUUCGUCACGGCAGCUCAUGCCGGAGGCAUCGACGUUGGGCUCUACCUCUCGCCGUGGGAUCGCCAUGAGAAGAGCUACGGCCUCGAGGUCCCUUAUAAUGAGUACUACUUGGGUCAGCUCUAUGAGUUGCUUACCAAUUACGGGAGCAUCUCGGAGAUUUGGUUUGAUGGGGCAAAGGGGGCGAACGCCACCAAUAUGACUUACUACUUCAAGGAUUGGUUCGGGAUGACGAAGCAGCUGCAAGGAUCAAUUAAUAUCUUCUCCGACGCAGGGCCGGAUUUGAGAUGGGUUGGGGAUGAAAAGGGCUCUGCAGGAGAGACUUGCUGGUCGCAGAUUAACCGCACAAGCCUUCGAAUCGGCGACGCGAGCCUUGAGAGAUACUUAAACACUGGCGAUCCAAGAGGAACCGACUGGGUUCCACCGGAGUGCGACGUUUCAAUAAGGCCUGGCUGGUUCUGGCACGAAUCCGAGAAGCCAAAGCCGCUAAACCAACUCAUCGACAUAUACUACAAGUCCGUCGGCCGUAACUGCGUGCUUUUGCUCAACGUGCCGCCCAACACCACCGGCCUUGUAUCCGAAAUCGACGUAAAGAGGCUUCGUCAAUUUCGAUCAGCCAUCGACAAAAUCUUCAAGGAAGACAUAGCCCGAGGCAGCGUCGUGAAGGCCAGCAGCGAAAGGGGAGGCGAACACGGCGGCUUUGCGGCUAGUAAUGUGGUGGAUGGGGAUGAGGAGACGUAUUGGACACCGGAAGAGAAUAAAAAGGGAAGCUAUUGGAUCGAGCUACGCGGCUUGAACCAGACGGCUAAGUUCAAUGUGGUGAGAAUACAAGAAAUGAUAAGAAUGGGGCAGAGGAUCGGAAGGUAUGAGGUUUAUGUUGAUGGGAAGGCAAUCGUGAGGAAUGGAACGACGGUGGGGCACAAGCGGCUACACCGGCUUGAGCGGCCGAUGACAGCAGAGAGCGUGAGAAUUCGCAUAACGGAGUCGCGCGGGCCGCCGUUGCUCGCGGUCGUUGGCCUGCAUUUUGACCCUUUCAAGCCGUGGGUUUCAACCGACACGUUGUAGCUUGAGCAGCCGAUGCAGGUAGAAAGCACCUGUCAUGGUGGACUUGCUUUGAAAAUACUGUGGCGAAGCGUGCGGCAUUAUUGAUCAGCUUCACGGAUUUAUGGUUUAUUGCUUCAUGGUAGGGUCGAGGUUUUGAGAGAAAUUAUAGGGGGGAUUUCUUAUGGAAAAAAUUUAUGGGGAUCUCUUCUUUAUGUUGUUUUGCAAGUAAAUUUCAGAUUUAUGAGCACGGAUGUCUCCUUAAAAUUGAGCGAGGAAAAGUAAUUUUUUAUAUAAGUUUUUUUGUUAAAAGA